AUGAAGUUCAACACCAUGGACAACACCUCGAGCGGAGCCCUGAUCACAAAUACCCUCGCUCUAUUCUCCAUCCUGGCAUCCGUCCUAGCGAGCCCCAUUUUGAUCGCAGACACACCCAAUUCCCUUGCCUCUAAAUCGUCUUGCGUUCUCGGCAAAUGUGGUCUUUCUGGCCAAUGCUUCAAAAAAGGUUCCUGCUUAGGUAUCAAUAUUUUUGACCCAGACUGGUCUCACUGUGGAAUUUGCUCCUGCCCAGGCCAAGCAUUCGGUGGACGUACUGAUCCUACGUGCGUUAUGGAUACCGAUUGCCUCAAUGUUCAACUCGGUAAUAGACCAGACCCUUGUGCCAAUAAAGGCCACCGAUACGGAGGCCGUGAAGCAAGUGCCGACCCAGCCCCUCACAGGGGCGAUGAUGGUGUAAUCGACAAAUAUUCCACCAAUCCAAAUAUCGAAGCACCUGUCAAUAUCCCCGAAUCCAUCCCUUUCACGAAUUACCUCACGAGCCGCCACCCCCAGCGUUCUACUAUUGAAGCCGAUGCCCUGGAAAAGCUCAGGGAAUCAAAGCCAGAAUCUUACAUUUUGAAUGAACGGGAUCAGCUUAUGAACGAGUAUGCUCGCCUCAGCGACGACGGCCCAUCUGGACCGGUUAUCCCUGAUGCCGCAAUGAUGGAGAGGCUGAGGUCGAUUACUCACCUCAGAAAGCGCGCUUGCUACACUAUUGAAAACGGAGCCAUGGUUAGCAGUGCCUGCGGCAUGGCAGAGAAUGGCAUUGAUAUUGACGGCGGUGUUAAGGCUGCUGUUGACGUUAAUCUCAAGAAGCGUGGUGGGUGCUUCACCGUUGAGAACGGGGUUAUAGUUGAGAAGCGCGGUGGCUGUGAGUCCGUGGAGCCUGACGUCGAAGCUGCGGUUGAAAAGCGCGUCGGUUGCUUCGUCAAAGAGGAUGGGAUCGUAUAUGCGAAGCCCAAUUGUGAUGAUCCAGACCACUGGGUCGGGCCGCCGUUCCCCAUGGCCGAAGGUGACCCACGAGAUGAGUAG